AUGUCGACCGCUACCACCGACCCCAUCGUCGCGCCAUCGCCGGCCCCACCCGCCAAGACCGUCCUGCGCAUCGGCACGCGCAAGUCGAUCCUCGCGAUGAAGCAGGUCGACAUCGUGAUCGAGGGGCUGCGGCGGCUGUACGGCGACGCGGUCAGCUUCGAGGUGCAGGGGAUCAGCCCGGCGGCGGACGUGGACAAGGUGACGGCGCUGUACAACUUCGGGGGCAAGGGGGUGUGGACGAACGAGCUGGAGGCGGAGCUGCGCGCGGGCGCCGUCGACAUCGUCGUGCACUCGCUGAAGGACAUGCCGACGGAGCUGCCGGAGGGGCUGGUGCUGGCGUGCGUGCCGGCGCGGGAGGACGCGCGCGACGUGGUGGUGCUGCGGCGGGACCUCGAGGGCGCGGCGCGGUCGCUCGCAGACCUGCCGGCGGGCGCGGUCGUCGGCACGAGCAGCAUCCGGCGCAUGGCGCAGGUGCGGCGGCGGCACGCGGGGCUCGCCUUCGCGGACGUCCGCGGCAACAUCGACACGCGGCUGCGCAAGCUCGACGCGGCCGGCUCGCCGUACGCGGCGCUGGUGCUCGCCGCGGCCGGGCUGCUGCGCAUGGGCCAGCGCGCGCGCAUCGCGCAGUUCCUCGACGGCCGCACGCCCGCCGGCGGCGGCAUGCUGCACGCCGUGGGCCAGGGCGGCAUCGGCAUCGAGGCGCGCGCCGACGACGCGCCGACGCUGGCGCUGCUGCGGCCGCUCGAGAGCGCGCCCGCCCGCCUCGCCUGCGAGGCCGAGCGCAGCGUCAUGCGCACCCUCGAGGGCGGCUGCAGCAUCCCGAUCGGCGUCGAGACGGCGUGGGUCGGCGACGGCGACGACGACAACGGCGGCGGCGAGACGCCGGCGCGGGAGGGGGACGAGAAGAAGAAGCGGCUGCGCCUCACGGCGACCGUGGUCAGCGUCGACGGCACCCAGGCUGCCGACGCGGACGAGGUCGCGCCCGCGGCGACGAUCGAGGAGGCGGUGGCGUUCGGCGAGCGCGUCGCGCGCACCCUGGUGGCGAACGGCGCCCAGACCAUCCUCGACGCCAUCAACGCCGACCGCGAGAGGAGCCAGGGCGCGGCGAAGCCGUGGGCGCCGGCGUGA